UAAUUAUAACUUUUGUGCUUGUAGUAGGUCAUAUGACAAACUUUUAUAUUGUUCUUUUCUGGCAUCUCAAUAAUUCAACGUAGGUCCCCAUGGAGCACGGUGGUUGCUAAUGCGCCCCACCAUGAACCACCACCCUCAUUUCUCCCUCUCUAAGAUCACCUACUCUCGUUCCCAAUUGACCUGUUAUUUGCUAAUACAUCCAUUUUUUGUAACAGACAGAUCAGUGAACAUCAACGGUUUUAUGAACAUAACAGGUCGUUGUUAAAAAGUGUCAGUUGACUUUUCUUCUUCGGUUGAUCCCUUUUCUUUUCUUUUUUUCCAAGAAUUAUCAAAAACCCAUCUAGAUUUUGCUCUCUGUUACCUAAACCAAGAAUUGAGCCAUGGAAAUGAAUGAAUUCAAUGUUGAUGAAAAGUAUAUGCAUAUGCGAAACCCAGAGUCAAAUGCAGUUCAGUUUCAUGAAGAGGCCUUAUCAACUGGAGAGGGCAUCCAAGAAAUGUUGGGUGCCAAUUUGGACAGAAUUGACUUGGAUUUGGCUUGUUGUAAUGAGAAACUGGUAAAUUUGCAUGUACUGUUGAUGUUUCUUCUGGGUUGGGACAAGGAUCCCGAAGAGAUGGCGUAUGGGAGUAGUGAUAUUUCGGCUCAGUUCAUUGAGAAGGCUUUGGUAUUUGACCUUUUAUGUGGAAUUUUAGAUUCUGAGUUAAGGGAAGUGGAAACUUUCUUGAGUGCCGUUCAGUCAGAGAUUGUUGAUGCUCGUCGUAAAACAUCUUCGUGCGUUCCUUUGGGAACACUAUCUGAAAAAAUGGAUAAGAAGCUGCAUGAUUCUGAAGAAUCCCUGAAAAGGUGUCAAGGGAUUGUCUUGGAGGUGAAGUUGCUGUCAACCAAGCUGCAAGCUUCCUUUCCAUAUUUCAAACAUGAGAACUGGACUAAUGAUGAGGCCAUGGAUGUAUCUGAGCAAUAUCAGCUAUCAAACAUCAUCGGGAAAUCCAAAGUACUGACUGUUGAACAACAAAGACAAAUUCUAAGGAUGCUUGACAAAUCACUUGCAAGGGAGCUAGAGCUUGAAAAUAAAUUAUUAGAGUCCGGACAAAAUGAAGAAUCAUUAAAACUAAAGCUACAUCAUACUGAACAAGUCGCUCUUCGCAUGGAAGAGGCAGCAGAAGUUGUUUGGGGACGGUUUCUAGAGGCUGAGAAUGCUGCUGAGGUGCUCAUGGGAAUUUCGAAGGAACUAUUAGGUCGACUUCAGAUUGUUCAGUUUAACAUGAAUGGUUCGAUUCAACGAGAAGCUGAGCUCAAAUCUAAAAUUGAAGGUUGCAUUGAAGAGUUGAAUGCCAAAGAUAUAGCUUUAGAAAAGCUUGAGAUCAGCAAUGUGGAACAUGCUGCAAAAGCUUCCGAAGUAUUCACAUUGAGGAAGAAUAUGAAGUUACUUGAGGAACAGCUAAAAGAAUCUGAGAUACAGCUGAAGAAUGCAAUGGCUUCCAGUGAAACAAGUCAAGAACAUCUUCAUGAAAUGGAAACCGUUAUUGAUUCACUAAAAGUAAGCAUUUAUGAAGCUGAAAGUAGAGCUGAAAGUGCAGAAGCCAAGGUCUCAGAGUUAACAGAUGCGAACUUGGAACUUACCGAAGAGUUGAAUUUUCUUAAAGGUAAUAACGAGAAAAGCACAAAGAAGGUGACCUCACUAGAGAAGCAGUUGAGGGAAUCGGAGAUUCAACUACAGCAUGCAAAAGCGUCUUCCGAAGCAAGUCAGGAGCAGCAAAACAUGCUCUACUCUGCAAUUUGGGAUAUGGAAACUUUAAUUGAAGAUCUAAAAUCAAAGGUUUCAAAAGCUGAAAGUAGAACCGAAGGUGUGGAGGAGCAAUGCAUUGAAUUAUCUGAAUCUAACUUCGAACUUAAUAACGAGCUAGGCAUCCUAAGGCAUAAAAUUGAAUGCUUGGAGACAUCUUUGAAUCAAGCUAACAUUGAAAAAGAGGCAAAUGCAAAAGAAAUCAGUCAUAGGACCAAGUUAAUCACAGAUAUGGUUGCCCAACUAGCUACAGAAAGAGAACGCAUUCAAAAGCAGCUAUCUUCAAUAGUAAAAGAGAAGGAAAUAUUGGUGAAAAAGUUACAAAAUAUGGUAAAAGCCGACUCUACAGCAGUCUGUAACUCUGGAGGUGAUGAUGGCAAUGAGAUAUCUGUUCUGAAUAGUGAUUCAACUAGAGCUACAUGUACAAAAACAUUCGAAAAAGCGGCCACCUCUGCCACAAGUGUACAGGCAGGUGGAUGAGCCAUCAAAAGAUGUAUCUCUUCUUAGGACAGCAGCUAGGCCUUCCAGCACCAUAAUUGACGGUGGCACUAGUGCUAUUCCGAGCAAGCAUGUUAAGGAAAAAGGAAAGAGAGGCAACUUUAAACUGUUAUGUAUGUUGAUAGCAAUUCUGGUUGCAAUAUUUUCUGCAUUAGCUAUAUAUUUUUUGAGUGAGAAACAGAUCAUGUUUGGUUUUUGAUGGCCACUGAAAUUAUAUUUUUGCUGGCACACAUUGUGCCCUGUGUUGUAUAUUCUUGUCAUUUUCGAUUGAUGACUAUGCAUUCAUCACCAUAUUCUGUAUUUGGUUUUACUUGGAUGAUGUAAAUUAUUCUGUUAUUUGUUAGAUAUCAUCUUUGAGAA